CGUUGUGCUGCUGAGGUAAGGAGGGUGUUUUUUUUUUGUUUUUUUUAAAUCUCAUCUCACCCUUUAGUCCCCUGCUGCAAGAUUACUACAACCAUCUAUUCAAUGUCUCACACAUCACUCCAAUCCCGUCUUUCUGCAAACUGUUUGUUUUAGUUUUUUUUUUUUUUUUUUUCACCUUUUCAGUGUAUUUUUCUGGGACAGUCGGUAAAAGGCGGAACCGAACUGGAACCGAACUGCUCGGUUCCGAACUGCUGUUGUGCAACAAAGUUUCUGCACGGCGGAAGCUGCAGGUUUGGUGACGUUGUUCUGCGAUCGAGGCUUAAUGUUGCAGAGUUUAUGCCCCGUUACAGCUCGCAUCCUCGCAGGCUGUUUUGGGACGUGGGGUUGACAGGCUAACGCGUGCUGUAUGUUCAAUGGGCAUGUUACGUUAAUGUGCUAAUGUGUUACCGUUUCUCAAAUUAAGCGACAGCGGGUGUUGUGAAGAGGCGAUUAGAAAUGUAGAGUGCGCAACUAAAAAAACGGAGGAUCAAGGCAACACCAACAACAAACUUCUGUACGUUUUUUUUUCAACGUGUAAGCUGAUCGUCCACAGAAACUAUUCAGCCACCAUGCAAAUGUCACCCUAAACCGGGUUCUCAGGUUUUUGAUCCGGGAAUGGGUAGACGGGUUUAGUCAGUACAAAGACAAGUCGAGGCAAUUUAGUUUAUAGCACGGUAAAAAGGCAGUUCAAAGCGCUUAAAUAAGGAAUAAUAAAUAACCAUUAGUGCUGGGGCUGUUAUGCUCCAAGUCCAGUCUUCAAGGUAUGUCAGAUCUAUAAUGCUAUGGUGGAAGGCAUUGCACACAGAUUUAUUUACCAAGACCGUCAUUCAUUGACCUUGUUAAAGUUGCAGCUUAAUCUUCUUUUAGUAAUAAUAUGACACAGUGAACGUUGAUCUCUAUGGAAAAAAAAAAAAAUAAUUUGUUUCAGCGUUUGGUGACUGGAACUGGAGUUUAUCUACAUUAUCUCAAAGCACCAGUUUGCUUGAACCUUUCCACCAUAUUGUAUAUGAAACGACGCAAAAUUCAAUUUGAUGAAAUGGUACACAAACUAUUUUCUGCAUAUUUACUCAUACAGAAUGUACUGUUAUGUCGCCUUGAAGUUCAGACAUGUUUUUUAGUAAAUAACUUAUAUUGUAUUGUACAUAACUUUACUAUGACCUUAAAUAUUCUGCAUAAAUACAAUCCAGAUGUUUCUGCAGCAUCACUCUGCCUCUCUGUGUCCUGAUCACAGUGGCCAUGGCCUUCCUAGGGCGCGCAGCUCGGUGUGUGGUGUCGACAGUGCGGCCUCCUCUCUCUCCCUUGUGCCGGACGACCGCUCGGUCCUACAGCUCGGAGCCCACUAAGGAAAAAAGUGUUCCCUACGAGAAGACGCUAAAGAAAAAGGAUGGAGCCUCCUCUGGACCCACUAAACCUUUACCCAGAUCAGCGGAUGUGGUGGUGAUCGGAGGAGGCAGUCUGGGCUGUCAGACCAUCUACCACCUGGCUAAAAUGGGGAUGACCAACGUAGUUCUGCUGGAGAGAGACCGACUGACUGCUGGCACCACCUGGCACACCGCAGGCCUGCUGUGGCAGCUCCGUCCCAGUGAUGUUGAAGUAGAGCUCUUGGCCCACACCAGGAAUGUGAUCAGCAAAGACCUGGAGGAGGAGACGGGUCUCCACACAGGCUGGAUCGAGAACGGAGGACUCUUCAUUGCCUCCAACAAGCAGAGGCUGGACGAGUACAAGCGCCUCAUGUCGCUGGGUAAAGUUUAUGGUAUCGAGUCCCAUGUCCUGUCACCGGCGGAGACCAAGGACCUGUAUCCGCUGAUGAACGUUGAUGAUCUGUACGGAACCCUGUAUGUACCAAAAGACGGCACCAUGGACCCGGCAGGCACCUGCACCACCCUGACCAGAGCUGCCACCACCAGGGGAGCCACGGUGAUCGAGAACUGCCCUGUGACCGGCAUCCAAGUGCGGGCGGAUGACUUCGGUGUGAAGAGGGUGAAGGCAGUGGAGACCGCUCAUGGGACCAUUGAGACGCCUUGUGUGGUGAACUGUGCAGGUGUGUGGGCCACCAAGCUGGGGGCAAUGGCUGGAGUCAAGGUGCCUCUUGUUGCAAUGCAUCACGCCUAUGUGGUGACAGAGAGAAUUGAAGGCAUACAGAACAUGCCAAACGUCAGGGACCAUGAUGCAUCGGUGUACCUGCGCCUCCAAGGUGACGCCCUGUCUGUGGGGGGUUAUGAACACAACCCCAUCUUCUGGGAUGAGGUGUCUGAUGAUUUCGCCUUCAGCCUGUUCGACCUGGACUGGGAUAUAUUCACGCAACACAUUGAGGGUGCCAUCAACAGAGUUCCUAAUCUGGAGCAGACUGGCAUCAAGUCUACUGUCUGUGGACCAGAAUCAUUCACAGCUGACCACAAGCCGCUGAUGGGGGAAGCCCCAGAGGUCAGAGGUUUCUUCCUGGGCUGUGGCUUCAACAGUGCUGGCAUGAUGCUGGGAGGUGGUUGUGGUAGAGAGCUGGCUCACUGGAUCAUACACGGCCGCCCUGAAAAGGACAUGUAUGGUUACGACAUCAGGCGUUUCCAUAACUCGCUGACAGACAACACGAGCUGGAUCAGAGAGAGGAGCCAUGAGUCGUAUGCAAAGAACUACUCUGUGGUGUUCCCCUUUGAUGAGCCGCUGGCCAGCCGAAACAUGAGGAAGGACCCUUUUCAUCAGGUGCUGACGGAGCAGGGCUGUGUGUUCCAGGAGAGGCAUGGCUGGGAGAGACCUGGCUGGUUCAACAAAGACGAGCCCGCUCCUCUUAAAGACUAUGAUUACUACGGGGCUUAUGACAUUAAGAAGAAUGUGAACUACAAAUACAACGAAUUGCUGGGAAAAGAGUACACCUUUGACUUCCCUCCACAUCAUGACGUGAUUAAGAGUGAGUGCCUCUCGUGUAGACAUGGUGUGGCAGUGUUUGACAUGUCCUACUUUGGGAAGUUCUAUCUCACUGGACCAGAUGCCAAGAAGGCGGCUGAUUGGCUGUUCACUGCUGAUGUCAACAAGAAGCCAGGCUCCACUGUGUAUACCUGCAUGCUGAAUAAGAAAGGAGGGACGGAGGCUGACCUGACGGUGAGCAGACUGGAGCCUGGAGCUGCCAACCUGCCGCUGGCACCACAGUCCAAUGGUGAUGUGUACUACCUGGCCAUUGGAGGCGGUGUGGCAGAACACAACUGGAACCACAUCAGAACAACUCUUCAGGACCAAGGCUUCCACUGUCAGCUGACGGACCACUCUGAGGACAUGGGGAUGAUCAGCAUCCAGGGACCCAAGAGCCGAGAGGUGCUGCAAGAGGUGUUGGACACAGACCUGAACAACGAAGCUUUCGCCUUCUCUACCCACAAAGUUGUCAAUGCAGCAGGGCAUCAGGUGCGAGCUAUGCGUCUGUCAUUUGUCGGAGAGCUCGGCUGGGAGCUGCACAUUCCCAAAGACUCUUGCCUUCCAGUCUACCAUGCUGUCAUGGCUGCUGGUGCAAAGCACGGCAUCAUCAACUCGGGCUACAGGGCCAUCGACUCACUCAGCAUAGAGAAAGGGUACAGACAUUGGCACGCUGACCUUCGCCCAGAUGACACUCCCUUGGAGUCGGGGCUGGGCUUCACCUGCAAACUGAAGAGCUCGAUCCCGUUCCAGGGCCGUGAGCGGCUGGAGAAGCAGAAGGAGGAGGGGCUGAGGAGGCGCAUCGUCUGCUUCACCAUUGAUGAGAAAGUACCGAUGUUCGGUCUGGAGGCCGUUUUCCGUAACGGCACUCCUGUUGGUCACCUACGACGUUCUGACUAUGGCUUCUAUGUCGACAAAACUAUUGGAUAUGGAUACAUCCGCAACCCUGAUGGAGUGGUGAGUGCCGAUUUCAUAAAGAGCGGGGAGUUUACACUGGAGAGGAUGGGAGUGACGUACAAGGCCAAGGCCCACCUCAAAUCUCUAUUUGACCCUGAGAACAAACGCGUCAAGGGCAUCUAUGCUUGAGAAGGACCACGACAACUGAAGAAAACGCACUCUGGUUGGAGAAUGAGGCUGAGAGAGGUGCACGGUUUGCAACUGUGAUAUUUGUUUUCCGAGCGCAGAUGCAGCCGUUUCACUCUGAACACGUUGGACUCUGUCAUAACUGUGCGUCUGAAAAUGUGAUUAUUUUUUUCAAGAUUAUGUCUGGGAUUUAAUAUAACUGGAGGGGAAGAGAUGGAACUGUUACAGAUGGUCUAAACUCUGUAUCAAAGAUAUAAAAGGUGCUGAUUUGAAUCUGGUAUGAAUGUUUUGAUUGACCCCGUCUGGGUUUGAGAGUGACACUCUUCUCUUGUGAGUAGCAUUACUAUAAAGACAAUUUAAUUCUUAUUGUCUCCAGUAAUCAACGUUUUUUUAGCACCUGCGUAAACUGGAAAAGAACCAUUUGUGAUCCAGCUAACUUGAUUCCUUGAUUGAUCUUAACAGCAUAUGAAUAAUCUUUAGUUUUAGAAACAAAAACGAAACUGAACAAUAGUUGCUCUUUUCAAACAGUCAAAUUAAGCUAAUUCAGCAUGUUUAAGCCAUAACACCAAAUACAUUAGGAAGUCUAAGACAAGAGUAACGGAUGCAUGUGUGUGUAAAGUAAAUACCGUAAAUUCUCAAUUAGUGGCCAGGGCCUUUGUGUACUUAAAAGAGAAAACUACAGCAUGCCUUUUAUUAGGCAACAGGCUAAUAGUAGGUUGGCAUUCUAAUUAUAUCCUCAUAGUGCACUGUAUUGUAUUAUGAUGCAGUGCUGUAAUAUUUCAUUUCAAAUGUAUCCUAUGAGGCCAUAGAUAAUCAUAUUAGGGAAUACAGCGAUGCUCAAACGUUACACUAACCCUUGUAGCAGUUUGAGUCAAAUUACAGUAACUGAUGUUUGUCCUGAUAAUAAUGACUGAAAACAGGGUUUCACUGGCUUCCUUGGUUCUCAGGCAGACAGUGUUUAUCAGAGUUGGAGGGAAAGGGAGAAAAAAAAGCACCCUGAGGCGCAAAGUACCAGCCGGGGACAAAACACUGCUGGAGAAAAAGGACGGGGAAAGACAAGAGUUAUCAGAAAGCAGCUGUUACAGAUGGAAACCGCUUGUUUUCUGAUCCCUGCCCCCUGUUGCUGUGCUCUGCGGCGUUAAACUGCUGCCGCUGCCGUUUGCAAACUCAAUUCUCUUGUUCUGUUUUUUGAACAGAUGCAUUUGAUUUAUAAGACUUGUCUACCAAAUCAGGCAUUCCUAAGAGCUCUCAUUUUGUGUUGUAUUGCUGUUAAAUCAAACUCAAGGGUCAAACAAACAUCUGACUUUCAUCCAGGAAACCAGUGUUCGUGUCCUGUGCAAAACCAAAAGGAGUUUGGAGUGAGUGUGUGUUGGCUUCACACUGUAGCCCUCCCAGAAGGGGGCAUAAUUGAAUCUUUUUACAGCGAAGCAGCUUUAGGAGGUGUUGAGCAACACAUUAAACAACGCCUUGGCCUCCUAAUACUUUCAAUUCAAAGUAUGAACGUAGUACUGUGGAUAAGUGAGUAUGGCAGGACUGUAUUGUAGAAUUUGUGUAAUAAAAGAUACAUCGACGAAAUAGGUACUUUGAGACGGGUCUUAAUUUGAUAAUUUACUGAGUCUACUCAUGAAUAAUUGAUGGUGCCUUUAUACACUCUGUGUGUGUAUAUAUAUAUAUACAAACUAAAACUACAACUGUUUACAGGUUUGCUUACAGGUAGCUCUGUUUGAAAAACUGAAAUCAGGAGUUGAGGACCUUGAUAGCUAAUCCAUGUCUUAAAUGCAGCUAUGACAGUGAUUAAAGAUUUGUUUUUUUAAAAACAAAAAAAUCAGUCUACAAGCUAAUUGCAAAAUUUAAUUUUUGUUCUAACACAUAUUUUUUGAUAUAUUAUACUUGUGUUUAUAUCCACUUACACCAACACAGUUUAGGCCAAACAUAAACCAAGAGUUCAUCACUCACUCUGUGCGAACAGCAGCCAACAAAAGUGUGUGUUGAAGUAGAGGGAGGCAUUUGCAUGUAUGGGCUCCUACUUGCUGUGUUGCUGCACGUUCAGCACAAAAUGUUUACUAAUGUGGGAUGAUUCAGCCCAGAAGGCCAUUAAUCAUUGAAAUAGUUGUUCUCAGUCGUGGCUCAGGUUAAUAAGAAGAUUUCUAUGGGAAAUGUGAAGCAGGCUAAUAAAACACUGUCACUUCUGUCCAAAGGUAUUUUUUCAGUUUACAGAAUUUCUCUUCCUUCUGUGGUGUGAGGUGAAUAUCGCAGAAGUCUUGAUUAUGGAAAGCAGGCGAAGUGUAUUCUUAAAUGUGAAAUGUCUUGAGAGAGUUGUUCAAAUAACAAAAAUGACCAUUCAAAUUGAAAACAUGACGUUAAACACUCAUUUAAUCUGUCCAAUGCAAUUUUAAUAAAUUCCUUUUUGAACUGCCAA